AUGCCUGGGAAAGUGCAGCCAACCCAACAAGGUCAUAUUCGUGAUUGCGACUUCCUGAUUGCCCAAAGCGUACUAGCGGCGCAAAACAUCGCGGUCAACCGCCAAUCUAGCAACCUUGCCCGCCCGGACCAUCUCAGUUAUCGCGGCUCAAAGGACCCAGAAAGCCUCGCCCGCUUGAACCUUAGGUUUUAUUUUCCCCGUCUCCAGCCAACGUCGAUACCUUCUGGAUUACACCCUGAGGUGAGGGCGAAGUGA